CGACGAUGCCAGCGUUGUGCUGGCGCUGUGCUCUACCUUUACUGUCUCUGCUCGGCUGGAGCUGCACACCAAGAGGGUCUGCUCGUCCUUUUGAAAAACAAUGGCAACAACAGUGAAACUGAACACCGGUGCACAAAUGCCCAUUGUGGGACUGGGAACAUGGAAGUCUCCCCCUGGCAAGGUCACAGAGGCGGUGAAAGCAGCCAUCUCUGCGGGUUACAGGCACAUCGAUGGCGCUUAUGUCUACCAGAACGAGGCAGAGGUGGGAGAGGGUGUUCAGGCCAUGAUCAAGGACGGCGUGGUCAAGAGAGAGGAUCUUUUCAUUGUUAGCAAGCUGUGGUGCACUUUCCAUGAGAAGUCCCUGGUGAGACAAGGCUGUGAGAAGACUCUCAGUGAUCUUAAGCUGGACUACCUAGACCUUUAUCUAGUGCACUGGCCCAUGGGUUUCAAGGCUGGAAGUGAGCUUUUUCCUUUGGACAGCGCAGGAGAGACAAUCAAUGAUAAUACCCACUUCCUGGAGACAUGGGAGGGGAUGGAAGAGCUGGUGGAUGCAGGUUUGGUCAAAGCCAUCGGUGUCUCCAACUUCAACAAGGAGCAGAUUGAAGCCAUUCUCAACAAGCCAGGCCUCAAGUACAAGCCUGCCAACAACCAGGUGGAGUGCCAUCCGUACCUGAACCAGGAGAAGCUGAUCAACUUCUGCCACUCUCAGGGCAUCUCGGUGACUGCUUACAGCCCCCUGGGCUCUCCUGAUAGACCCUGGGCCAAACCUGAAGACCCCUCACUGAUGGAUGACCCGAACAUUAAAGCCAUCGCUGAGAAGCACAAGAAGACAUCUGCUCAGGUCCUGAUCCGAUUCCAGGUCCAGAGGAACGUGAUCGUGAUCCCCAAGUCGAUCACACCUCAGCGCAUUCAGGAGAAUUUCCAGGUGUUUGACUUUGAGCUGACUGAGGAGGAAAUUAAGACUAUUUUAGGAUUUAACAGGAACUGGAGAGUCUGUCCCAUGCAAUGGAGCACAAAGCACAAGGACUAUCCAUUCAAUGCUGAAUUCUGAAAUGGGGAAAAAUGAUUUUCCACAGGUUUACAGUGGGUGCUGGUGCUUACUUCUCUCCCCUUUAGGCUGCUCGCUUUCCGGUUCUUUAGAGCAGUACGCAAUGCUGGUGUGGCCUUCUAUCAGACUUUUAUUUUCAUGUUACAUCUCUCAAGAGAAACACUGACUUCUUUUGUUAUCCACACUACACACACUCCCAAGUACUUAUUAUACCCAAUUUAAAAUGCUCAAUUUAUACAAAUUACAGCCACUAUGGGUAUGAGUUUUGCAUUAAUACAAUGAGUAUUAGCGUCUUCUCCUUACAUGGUCAUUUUCAAGUUUUAACAUGUUUUUUUUCUUUGGCUUUACUUUGUGAUCCGUGUUGCAUCUGCAGUUACUGAAGAACCAAAAUGUGUGCCAUAUUCAGUACAGAUAAAAUCUUUUUAAAGAGUUCUGAAUUAGUUCUGAGCACAGAAUAAGCAGUUUACAAAAACAUGGACAUUUGUCAGUGUUUUGUCUGUAGUCUUACACGUUUUGUAGUAUCAAAUGUAAGAGGGGAAAAAAACAACCUAUAGUAAAUUCUCAUAGCCAAACUAAAAGGCAAAAUCAGUAUUUAGGUCAAAUUUUUUUCCAUAGCACAAAUAUGAUCCAUCCAGAGAUUUAUCAAACUUGAAAGCACUCCUUGUGUAACUAAGCCUGUUUUUCCUUCCUGUUUCAGUUUGUGACAAGGUUUAUUUGUACUUUUUGCAGGUAUUUGUCCCUAUUGAGCAUAUGCAUUUGACAGCAAAAUUCAAAGGACUGUUAUCUCUGUGUAAUAUAGAGCAUAUUACCUCGGCUUGUCAUAAGAUGACAUGGGUACUUCCCAUCAUUACAUGUGAGUCAUAUAUGCCAUUUUCUAAUCAUGUGUAUUAACCCUGUUAUGAAAUAGUCGCUUUCACUUCCUGUGUGAGCUUUUUUUGUUGUGCAUUACAAUAAAGUCCUGUGGGAUAAAAUAAAACAA